AAAUAUUUACAAAGCCUUCAAGCAGACGGGCCAAAUUCACCCACCAAUUUUUUUGAGAUUUUUUUCAGGAAAAACAGAAAACAUGGACACAGAUAUUGACCAGCAACUGAGGGACUACCAAAGAGAGUAUCUGGAUUUCUUUGAUGACAAUGCCGAUCAGGGUGUCUACAAUCAAAAAGUGAGAGAUAUGAUCACCAAAAAUCGCACACGUCUGAUUGUCAACAUCAAUGAUCUACGCAGAAAAGCACCAAAAAGAGCACUAAGACUGUUAACCAGUGCCCAUGAGGAGCUACUAGCUUGCCAGCAAGCCUUGAAGGAAUUCGUCAUCUCAGCAGAUACAGUCUAUGGAAAGGAACAGGAGGAAUUCUUUGUUGGCUUUGAGGGCAGCUUUGGAUCUAAGCACCUGACUCCACGGUCAUUGUCUGCUCGACACAUUGGCAAUUUAGUGUGUGUCGAGGGCAUCGUCACAAAAUGUUCCCUGGUGAGACCGAAGGUUGUUCGAAGUGUUCACUACUGCCCAGCAACUAAGAAGUCAAUGGAGCGGAAAUACACUGAUCUCACAUCACUUGAUGCAUUCCCUAGUAGUUCAGUCUACCCAACAAAGGAUGACCAGGACAAUCCUCUUGAGACUGAGUAUGGUCUGUCCACCUACAAGGACCAUCAGACAUUGACCAUUCAAGAGAUGCCCGAGAAAGCUCCAGCUGGUCAACUCCCUAGAUCUGUAGACAUCAUCACAGACAAUGAUCUGGUUGACAUUUGCAAGCCUGGUGAUAGAGUGCAGAUCAUUGGAACGCUUCGAUGUCUGCCAAGCAAGAAGGGGAGUUAUACAAGUGGCACAUUCAGAACCAUCAUGUUGGCCAACAAUAUCUCCCUCCUGAGUAAAGAGAUCCAGCCAUCGUUUUCUGCUGAUGAUGUGGUCAAGAUAAGAGGGUUUGGCCGCAACAAGAAACAAGAUGUGUUUGAGAUACUGUCGCAUUCUCUGGCACCCUCUAUUCAUGGUCAUGAGUACAUCAAGAAAGCUGUGCUAUGCAUGCUGCUGGGAGGUGUGGAAAAGGUUCUUGAGAAUGGCACCAGACUAAGAGGUGACAUCAACGUGUUGCUUAUCGGUGAUCCAUCUACAGCCAAAUCACAAAUGCUCAGGUAUGUACUUCACACUGCUCCACGUGCAAUCACAACCACAGGCCGUGGAUCAUCUGGUGUUGGUCUGACUGCAGCGGUUACCACUGAUCAGGAAACCGGUGAACGUCGGUUAGAAGCUGGUGCUAUGGUGCUAGCAGAUAGAGGAGUUGUUUGUAUAGACGAAUUUGAUAAGAUGAGUGAUCAGGAUCGGACUGCUAUCCAUGAGGUAAUGGAACAGGGACGGGUUACCAUUGCAAAAGCUGGUAUCCAUGCUAAGCUGAAUGCUCGCUGUAGUGUACUGGCAGCUGCCAACCCCGUGUAUGGAAGGUAUGAUGAGUACAAAACUCCAAUGGAGAACAUCGGACUUCAGGAUUCUUUACUCUCGCGUUUUGAUCUCAUCUUUAUCGUCCUUGAUACGAUGGAUCCAGACCAUGACCGCAAGAUUUCAGAUCACGUUCUGCGAAUGCAUCGCUACCGUACUCCAGGAGAGCAAGAUGGUGAUGCAUUGCCGCUUGGUAGCUCAGUUGACUUCCUAGCAACACGGGACCCUCUUAUAGAAGAGAAGGAUGAUGUAAAACUGGCCAUAUAUGAUAAACAUGAUAACCUUCUCCAUGGCAACAGAAAAAGAGAGAAGUUUGUGAGCAUGGAGUUUAUGCGUAAAUACAUCCACAUUGCCAAGAUGAUUAAGCCUGUCUUAACGAGGGAGGCAGCUGACUGUAUUGCUGAUGAGUAUUCUAAACUACGCAGUCAGGAGCAAGCAGCUAAUAAUGUAGCAAGGACUCAGCCCGUUACUGCUCGAUCCUUGGAGACUUUGAUUCGUUUAGCGACGGCUCAUGCCAAGGCACGCCUGUGUAAGACAGUGGAACUACAAGAUGCAGCAGCAGCAAUUGAGCUUAUACAGUUUGCCAUCUUUAAGAAGGUCCUUGAGAAAGAGAAGAAGAAAAGAAAGAGUGACAAUGAUGAAGAAAUAGAGGAGGAUGAGGGGCAGGAAGCAAUCAACAAAACAAAGAAGAAGAGAAGUAAGAAGCAGAAAGGUGAUCAACCCAAGCAGGGAGAAGAAGGAUUUGAUCCGUAUGACUUUGAUAGCUAUGAAGAGGAUGAGGACGACACGGAAGUUACAUUGAAGUCUCCAGGUGGCGCCCAAGUAGCAGCCGAGAGUAAACCAGUGGAGUUAACCCCAGACAGACUGAAGCAAUUCCGUGCCACCAUUGCCAAGUUGUUUGCGUCUCAGGCAGAGUCUAUACCCCUAGCUGAGAUCAAGAAGGCCCUCGCUAAGGACUACCCAGAGGAGUUGUUCCCGCAGGCAGAGUUAGCUGCUGCCAUCAACGCUAUGCAGGAUGCCAACCAGAUUAUGUUCUCAUCGGGAAUGGUCUAUCUUAUCUAAUUCAAAAGAAUCACCCAAUGAAUAAAAUCUCUUUCAAUCCCGAAGUAAACUGAAGGAACAUUUUUAGCACCCGUUUUAGACAGGUGCACCAGAGUCGAGCCAAACCAAAUAGAUUAGAAGCGACUCUAGGUCAAGCCAAAUACAUUUUGCUUUCAGACAGGUGACUUAACAUAACAUUCAAAUUGGUUUAGCUCAUAACAAGAUCAACGUCUGAAACCAAGGGGCUCCAGUGUUCUGAACGACUGCAACAUAAAUUCUUUCGACUUCUAGCAUGUCCAGUCGCUGUUUCAGAUGUCAAACUUUUCAUGUACUAAAUUCAGUAUUUGGUUCGGUGCGACUCUGGAGCGCCUGUCUGAAACGGAUGUAAGUACCACACUACAUUUUAAAGUGCUUGAUGGGAGGUAGUAUACCAUUCAUCUUAUAUACCGCCCUCUAUUGACAAGUUACAGUGUAUAAUGACACUCGUGUACUAAACGUUAUUUGGACUGAAAGUAACCCAAAGUGUUCUUAAACAAGUCAUGUAGUCAUUGUCUUUUUCCUUUGAGUCUCAAUCUAAUGAGCCCAUAACAGUGCUGGUCAAAUCAACCAGUGUUCUUGCUAUAAAAGUGUUGUUUUAAGCUGAGUCCAAGUUCAAAUCUUUGUUGCAGUUUCAUCCUGAGACAAGAUAGUUAACUUUGCUCGUCUUGAUUGAAUGUAAAUACUGUAGAUAAUUAAUUAGAUUUCCUGGAAAUCCUAAGCACAGAGAGAUUGUACUGAGAGUAUAGGGUUGUGCAUUAGCCAUUUUGAGAUAGGGUGGACACAAUACUAUAACACUGAGGUUUGGGCAAAUCUGUCUGUACACUGGAACCAAAGAGUGAACUCCUAUUGUGGCCACCUUGUCUCAAAAAGGCUAUAGCCGGUUCAUACUACCUGCGAAUGCGAUACGAAUGUUGACGUCACAAAUUCACAACAAAUAACUUUGAGUUGGGCUCAACUCAAAUUGCAAAUAUCACAGCGAAAACAGAGUUGUGACGUAUAAUUCGCAGGAAGUAUGAACCGGGCUUUUUACAUUAAUUUUCUAGCGAAUUUUGUGACUUGCAUUUUUUAAAUGGAAUCAAUUCUGAAGAUUUCAACCCAAAUUGAGAAUCGGAAUUAUAGUGCAGAAUACCAGAGAUUAUUUGUAAUAAUAAUAAUAAUAAUAAUAAUGAACAGGCUGGUACUGACUGUAUUCUCGUCACUUUAUGGAUUAAAUAUAGAAGCUACACAUAUAUAUUUGAUGGUCAAAAGCCCAUAGUGUGGCAUGCCUUUAGUGUUUUCGGCAUACACAGUAAAAUAUGUAUUACAAAUUGUAGGGAAUUAUAAAAAAUGUAUUUUCAAGUUUUAGGGAGUGAAGAUAAUGCACUUUCUGGACCAGUAAAAGGGGACAUCAUAUCCAUUGAAAAGGUUCCUUAAAGGCAGUGGACACUAUUGGUAAUUACUCAAAAUAAUUAUUAGCAUAAAAUCUUAUUUGGUAUAACGG